AUUUGUAGAAUUAAAAUGUGUAAUUAUAACAAGUACGUUUUUUCAUUUUUAAAAAAUAUAGUCUUCGUUUCGUAAGUCAUUCCUUUUCCGGUAUACAUCGCAACAGCACACAAGUGAAACUUAUAUCAAGUAUCGAAUCUGUCUAAACUUUUAACAAUGGGGAAACGUAAUAAUAUGAUCCCUAAUGGACAUUUCCAUAAAGACUGGCAACGUUUCGUAAAAACUUGGUUCAAUCAGCCUGCGAGAAAAUACCGUCGGAGACAAAAUCGCAUAAAAAAAGCUCGUACAGUUGCACCAAGACCUGUGAAUCUUUUAAGACCAGUGGUACAUUGUCCAACAUUCCGUUAUCAUACCAAAGUUAGGGCUGGCAAAGGAUUUACUCUUCAGGAACUAAAAGCUAGUGGUUUAAACAAAAGAUUCGCUCGUACAAUUGGAAUUGCAGUCGAUCCAAGACGACGCAAUAAAUCCAUAGAAUCUUUACAAACAAAUGCACAAAGGCUGAAGGAAUAUAAGGCUAAUUUAAUUCUCUUCCCUAUAAAUGAGAAGAAGCCUAAGAAAGGUGAUGCCAGCGAAGAAGAAAUGAAAGUGGCAACGCAAGUUAAAGGAGAGGUUAUGCCUAUACGACGCCAACCGGCUAUCAAAGGAAAGAAGCAUGCUAUUACCGACGAUGAAAAGAAAUUCUCUGCAUAUAUAACAUUACGAAAAGCUAGAGCAGAUGCCAGAUUAGUGGGAAUAAGAGCAAAACGUGUGAAGGAUGCUACAGAAAAUCCUGAUGAUGUUACCAAAAUUGGUAAAGACAAAAAGUCUAAGAAGUAAUCUUAAUUUUGUUUUAUUUAUAUAAACACAAAAAAAAAAUAAAUUACUUCUACA